AUGUAUUUAUGGACUAGUAUUGCCCUCUACCUUAGCUUAUUUGCCGGAGCGCAGCAUAACGCGAAUGCCUUCACCGGGUUCGAUGAUCCAGUUUCCUGGAACAAAGUCCCAGCAGGAAUAUGUGGUGAUGCUGCCUCAUACGCCGACUACAUAAAAUUUGAGCCUAACUCUAUGGAGGGAAUUUCACACGACUAUCCUAUCAAUACAUUCUUCUGGUACUUCAAGUCCCAGAAUGAGCCCCAAAAUUCUCCCCUGAUUAUAUGGAUGAAUGGAGGACCGGGCGCUUCAUCCCUGUAUGGCCUUUUCACAGAGAACGGUCCUUGUCGUAUCAAUCGUGAACUUGCGCCGGAAUCAAACCCCUGGUCUUGGAACCGAUACUAUAAUGUACUCUAUGUCGAUCAGCCGGUCCAAACGGGCUUCAGUUAUGAUGUUCCUACCAGUGGUCUCCUUGAUCUAGAGACUGGCAACAUAGUUCCUUCGGCCUCCAAUGAUACUGGAAACAAUACUUUUAUCCCGGGUAAAUUCAGUAGUCAAAAUGUCAAGUCGACUGCAAAUACUACUGAAAUCGCGGCUAUACAUUUUUGGAAUUUUCUUCAGCGGUGGAAAAAAGAGUUCACUGAGCACGACACCAACGACAGCUCGAUUAGUAUCUGGACGGAAUCCUACGGUGGACGGUACGGGCCAAGCUUCUCUGCCUUCAUCCACGAACAAAAUCAGCGGAUUCAGAGCGGCUCUUUGGCCGAGGCCGAGAUUCUGAACCUCACGACACUUGGCAUUGUAAAUGGAUGCAUUGAUCUGCUCGUUCAAGAAACGGCUGGCCUAGAAUUUGCCCAUGACGCGAAUCCUUAUAAUAUUUCCGGUAUUACCGACGAGGAAUAUAAGAAUGCGUCUGGCGCAUAUUAUCGGCGACCAGGAGGUUGCCAAGACCAAAUCAAAGACUGUCUUCGAUUCGCGAAACUUUGGGACCCGGACAUGUAUGGCAACGAUGCUAGAGUCAACAAACCAUGCGAGGAUGCGAGCGAUUUCUGUCAAAAUAAUGUAGAGGGCCCUUAUUUGUAUCGCAAGAGGUCGGCAUUUUAUGACAUUGCACAUUGCUAUCUGGACGCGUUCCCCGGAAAUGAAUAUUUGGACUAUCUUGCCAACGAUGAUAUACGCAGCAAGCUAGGUGUACCCGUCAACUACACUGACAUAUCGAAUAUCGUCGGAAAGGCAUUCAACACCACAGGAGACUACUCGAGGAGGGAUCCAAACGGCUACCUCGAAGAUAUCGGUACGCUCCUAGACUCAGGUAUACAAGUAGCUAUACUGAAUGGCGAUCGAGAUUUCGCUUGUAACUGGAUCGGCGGCGAACGCGUUAGCCUUAAUAAUUCUGGGUACGCCGACGUGGUUAUACCCGGUUCCACGCCGGUAGGACAAGUACGUCAACAUAACUUGUUCUCUUUCACCCGUGUCUACCAGUCUGGCCAUAUGGUCCCAGCAUAUCAACCGGAAGUGGCCUACGCAAUUAUGAGCCGAGCCAUGCAGCGUAAGGACCUCGCUACAGGUCGUAUCAUCGUAACUGAGGACUACUCGACGAGUGGCUCUCCGAACUCGACCGUUGCCCUUGAAGCGCCUCCAGUUCCUUCGGUCACAUGCUACUUGAGAGGGAUGGGCGCCACAUGUGCGGACAAUCAGAUCCAGGCCAUAAAGGACGGGAGUGCUAGCAUAGACAAUGGCCUAGAGGUUUUGUCCUAA